UAUAAUUGUUGGGAAAAUUGGGAAUAUGUCCCACUUUCACUAAUUUGUUUGGGGAUCUAUCCCAUAACGGAAAAAAUUAAGAAAUCUAUCCUAGAGAGAGAAAAAAACUGUUAAGUGGCUAACCUCACACAUGUGUGGGCUUACACAUGCGACAGAUUCACUUUUUUACCCUCAACCUUUAGAUGAGCGACACGUCACUUUGCAUGACACGUGUUUGGGAUCCGACGGUCGAUCGCGAGUAGUAACUUUGGUUUUCUUCUUUGUACAGAAGAGAAAUCGAGAUAAGAAGAGAAAUCGAGAGCAGCAAUAGGUAUUGAGAGUAAACAAUUUUAGCAGAGAGAAAUCGAGAACCAAGAGAAACAAAAAGGUAUAUGGUGUGAAAUAGUGAUAGAUCUAGUUCGUUGAUGUGUUGUUAGAAAGGAUCAUGUGUUAUUGAAGGAAGAACAACUCCAAUAUCAGAUUCGUUGCUUUCAAAGUUGCGAAAUCUUCUCAAAUCAUUUUUAUUAGGUACAUCAGAUUGCCUAAAUCAGAUUGCCUAAAUCAGAUUGCCUAAAUCAGAUUGCCGGGAUUAAUUUUUGCUUCAGGAAAGUGAUUGAAAGGAAUUUUAGGCUAACUGUUCUAAAUCAGAUUGCCGGGAUUGAAGCUGGUAAAGCAUUGUAUGUGUUGAAUGUAUUUGCAAAUGAUAUUAGCUUUGAUGGGUUUAUUGAACACGUAAGGAGUAGGUUGAAUUUGUCUACGGACCACAAAAUCGAAAUACUCUGGGACUGUAACUUACUACUUGAUGCAUGUGAUUUCUUUGAAAUGCUUAAAUGUGCUGAGCAAGAUGAGGAUGGAUUUGUUAUGUUAGAUUUGUGUAUAAAUGGUGGUGAAGAUGAUGAUAUGGAUGGUGGUGGUGGGGUUCAUAUGGAAAGAAGUUGUGUAACUGAUCCUAGAUUUAGAAAGAAGAUGACUCCAAAGAAGAAAUGUGUCUCUAAGCCAAAUAUGACACCUAGAAGAAGUCCAAGACUGCAAAAGAAGUCGAAGAAGCAAGAGAAGUUAAGGAAAAAGCUACCUACAAGACUGGAUUUUGAAGAUGAAGCUCUGAAUGAAGUUGAAGUUCAAGUUACGCAGGCUAGUGUGGCUGAUAACCAAGGAGUAGUAGAUGUGAAUGAAAGUGAAGCAUCCACACAUGCAGAUAAAUUGGAAGUCACACGUGAUGACGAAGAAGAUCAACCAGUAAAACUCCCAAAUAUAGCUGUAGAUGAGUGUAACCCGGAUGAUAAUUUUGAAUUUGAGUAUGAAUCAAGUGAUGAUGAAAUUAAAGGGAGGGAGAAAAAUGUUGAAGGGUAUGAGACUAAUGAUGAUGGGUAUUUUCCUUAUGAUUAUGCAGAUGUAGAAGUUGAAGAAGAUGAUGAGGGGAAUAGAACUGAUGAUGGUGAGUCCAAUGGUGAUGUUCUUGGAAAUGAUGAUGUGUCUGCAAGUAAUGAUGUUCCUGCAAACGGUGAUGUACCUGCAAAUGGUAAUAUGCCUGCAAAUGGUAAUAUGCCUGCAAAUGUUGAUAUACCUGCAAAUGGUGAUAUUCCUGCAAAUGGUUAUGUGCCUACAGAUGGAGAUACCCCUGAAGUGCCUUGGACUGAAGAUAUGGAAGCUGAGUGGCAAUUUUAUUUUGGUGGUACAAAUGCUGAGGACCCGGUAGAUUUGUCUAUGCUUGAAGAACCAAUUCCUGAACCUACUCCUGGUGUGUUGAUGAAGGGGAUGAUUUUUCCAGAUAGAGAUGCUUUCACAGAUCAUCUUAGGUACUAUGCAGUGAAGACGAAGAACAAUUUUAAGUACAAGAAGCUUGACUUUGAAAGAGUUGUCGCUGAGUGUAUGAAUAAAGACAAUCAAGGUUGUAAGUGGGAAGUUACUGCAAGAAAAAUACCAAAAGAGGCCACCUUCAGCAUCAGAAAAGUUGGUGAAGAACAUAGUUGUGUUGGUCCUGGAGAUCAUACGAAUCCUGCUUGCAAUGCAAGGUUUGUAAGUGAGUAUUUGAAGAAGAAACUAACAGCUACGUCAACAAUUCCAAAGGCUCGGGAGAUAAUUGAUGACUGGAUAUGGCCAGCUUUUGAUACAUAUGUUCCAUAUUGGGUUGCAAAUGAUGCAAGGAAUAUGGUUUUACAACACUUCAAUGGUAGUUAUGAGGAAUCUUUUGCAAAGAUUAGGGACAAGCCAGUUUGCAAGUUGCUAACCAUGUACUCUCAGAUGGUUAUGUUGUUGUUUGCCAAGAGAAAUGCAGUAGCUGCCAAAUGGAAAAGUGGUCAACUAGUCCCUGCUGCACUCGAUCUAAUUAAGAAAAUGACAGAUAACAUAAGCCAGUUUAAGACUGGUCCUUCACAGAUAUUAAAAUUGUAUGAAGUUACUAACAGGGCCACAGGAAAAGUGUUUACAGUUGACAUUAUUGAAAAAACUUGUUCUUGUAUCCAAUGGCAGCUCAGGGACUUCCCCUGUCAGCAUGAUGUGUGUGUGUUGGUCACCAUGAGACCAGAUUGGCCUAAGUACUGUAGUAAAUACUACACAGUGGAUUUUUAUAGGACCACAUACUCCUGGGCAAUUACACCACUAGGAAACAUGGAAGACUGGCCUGAGUGUGAAGGAGUAAAGAUCAAACCUCCACAUUUGCUUAGAGAACCAGGCAGGCCUUGUGUCAACAGGAAGAGGUCCUGGACAGAGAUGAACCCCGAGAAGAAAGCGAGACACUGUCGUAAGUGUGGUGGUUCGAGGCACAACAGCAGAACAUGUAAAGGUGGUGAGGUUGGAUCCAACCCCAAGGGAAAGAAAGCUAGAGUUGAAUGCGAGGUGAAUGGAAGUUCAUUUACAACCACUACCUCAAAACCAAAAAAGAUUCCCACUGGAACCAAGAUCAGAAGGAGCAGAGCAAGUGAUUCUGGUAAAAAGACAACCUCAAGGACUGCUUCAUCUUCUGAAACUGUUAAAAAGACUACAUCAAUUGCAACAACUAAGCCAGAAGGAAAACAACCAAAGCCUAAAACUGCUGCUACAUCAUCUAGUGUGAAUGUGUCCAUCAGAAACAUCAACAAGGGCCCUGUGAAGCAGACCAUUAACAAUUUCAACUAUGAUGCAGGUUCAAAGAGGCAGAGGAAGCCUACAGUCCAGUUUGAUUUGUAAGCUUGAUCAAUGUUCAUUUUGGUGUUUAAAUUCGAUUUAAUCUGUGUGAGAAGCAACUGUUGAGAUAGUGUGUUGGACCAAUGUUAAAUUAUCUUUGGUUAAA